UAUAAAUACACCAAGUUUCACACAAAAAUAAUAUCAUCACAAACAACAAACCAUGAUUAGAUUUCUCCCUCUAACGUUUGUGUUCCUGUUAGCAUCUGUUUCCGCUCAAAACUGCGGGAGACAAGGCGGUAACGCACCAUGUUCCAACGGUAACUGCUGUAGCCAAUACGGUUACUGUGGAAACACUCCGGAUCACUGCUUGCCGUCAAAUAACUGCCAGUAUCAGUGCACUGGUAGCACUCCGACACCAAGUGGUAGUGAUACGGUUGGCGCCAUCGUUACUUCAUCCGUAUUUGACCAAAUGCUCAAGUACCGAAACGACCCCAGAUGCAAAGCAAAUGGAUUCUACGCUUACAAUGCUUUCAUUAACGCUGCGAGAUCCUAUAACGGGUUUGGCACCACUGGAAGCGCUGAAGACCGAAGAAGAGAGCUCGCGGCUUUCUUUGCUCAAACCUCCCAUGAAACAACAGGUGGAUGGUCAAGUGCACCAGAUGGUCCAUAUGCAUGGGGAUAUUGUUUUGUUAGAGAACAAAACCAGGCCAAUAGGUAUUGUGACUCCCCUGACUGGCCAUGUCCCCAAAGCUACUUCGGUAGAGGACCUAUACAACUAUCUCACAACUACAACUAUGGGCUGUUUGGGAGAUCAAUAGGAAGGGACUUGAUCAACAAUCCCGAUCUUUUAGCCACCGAUCCAACCUUAUCUUUUCAGUCAGCAAUAUGGUACUGGAUGACUCCACAAGGUAACAAACCAUCAAGCCAUGACGUUAUCACUAGAAGGUGGACACCAUCAGCCGCUGACAGGUCAGCUGGUCGUGUCCCGGGUUUCGGUGUGAUCACGAACAUCAUCAAUGGUGGUUUAGAAUGCGGGCAUGGUCGGGAUAAUAGGGUGGAGGACAGAAUUGGGUUUUAUAGAAGGUAUUGUAGUAUUUUGGGAGUUAGUCCUGGAGACAAUCUUGAUUGCUACAAUCAAAGGCCUUUUGGUUAAACAAAUACAUAUGUUAAUGUAAUAAUAAAUCCAUUUCUAUAAUGGCCAUGGGUAUUCAAAUGCAAGUUCAAUAAACUAAGAAUAUUGCAGUUCUCUAUUA